AUGCCCAAAUUCUUUUGCGACUACUGCGAUGUCUACCUCACCCACGACUCAAUGAGCGUCCGCAAGGCGCACAACAGCGGCCGCAACCACCUGCGCAAUGUCGUCGACUACUACCAACGUGAGUACCGCCUCCCCCCGGGCUCGCUUCCCUCCUCCUCCUUCUCCUUCGCCGGGCGUUGGACCAGGAGGAGCAGCCCCGAGAGAAAGAGAACCAGCGAGCCAACAACGGCAUGCCCGACAACAACAGAGAUCGGCCACGAAAAGGCCCAGUCCGUCAUCGACUCCAUCACCUCCUCCUACGCCGCCGAGGGCCAGGCCCACAACAACCCCAUGCUGCCCCAGAACCAGCCCGGCGCCGCCGCGGCCAUGGCCGCCAUGGCCGCCCACGGCGGCGCACCCCCCGGUGCCCCGGGCGCUCCCGGCGCGCCCGGCGGCUUCGCGCCUCCGCCCCUGCCGUUCGCCUUCCCGCCUCCCGGCAGCGGCCUGCCGCCGCCGCCCUUCCCCGGCAUGCCAGGCGCGCCGCCGGGCCAGUUCCCCCAGGGCAUGAUUCCUCCUCCCGGUACAGGCGGUCGUGGCAUGCCCAUGCCUCCCUUCCCACCAGCCGGCGCCAACGGCACCCCGCCCAUCCCGCCGCCGGGCGGCCUCCCUUUCCCUCCGCCGGGCGGUCUCCCCUUCCCGCCUCCGGGCGGUGCCGGCGCGCCGCCUCCCAACUUCCCCGGCUUCCCCGGCAUGCCGCCUCCCGGUGGCCAAGGCGGGUUCCCGCCUAUCCCGCCUUCGUUCGGCGGCUCGGGGCCUACGCCACCUGGUGCUGGCCUCGGUGGUCCGCCUGGCGACAGGAGGUGA